AUGGAGGAUCUGGACUUCACUCACUGCACCUUAAAUACCUGGAACUCCACACAGGAAGCGUGUGAAGACAUUUACGAUCUCUAUGCUGAGGAUGAAGAUGAGGAAGAACAAAUUCCUGAGUCACACUGCCACCUGCUGGUGUAUCCCACCAAAGACUCAGACAUUCACAUCAACGUUGGAGGAACGCUAUACCACGUACCUCAUGCUUUAGCUGCACGGUAUCCCAAAACCCGAGUCGGACGUUUGGCUACAAACACGGACCACAACGUAAAACUGGAGCUGUGUGACGAUUACAACGUCCAGACGGAUGAGUUCUUCUUUGACCGAGAUCCUCGGGUUUUCCACAAUAUCUUCAUCUUCUACAGGACUGGAGUUCUGUGGGUCAAAGAUGAUUUUUGUCCUCGCAGUUUCCUGGAGGAGAUCGGCUACUGGGGCGUCAGGAUCAAAUACAGCCAACGCUGCUGUCGCAUCGCCUUUGAGGAACGUCAGGAUGAGCUGAACGACGAGCUGAAGAUUCAGAAGCAGCUGAUGGAGGAGGUAGAGAUUGAAGAUAACCAGUUUUUGUUCCACAACAUGGUGUUUGGAGAGACCAGGAGGAAGAUCUGGAACCUGAUGGAGAAUCCGUUCUCCUCGGUUCCUGCCAAACUGGUGGGCGUGGCCUCCUCGGCCUUUGUGCUGGUUUCUCUGGUGGCCAUGACUCUCAACACUGUGGAUGAGAUGCAGUAUAAAACGGCCUCAGGUCGGCCCAGUGGCAGGUUCCAGGGGGAGUACGUUGAGUCCUUCUGCAUCGUCUUCUUCACCCUAGAAUAUCUGCUGCGUCUCUGCUCCACCCCUGACCUCAGGUGCUUUGGACACAGUGUUCUGAACACGGUGGACUUGAUGGCCAUCCUGCCCCACUACCUGCAGAUGGCGCUGGAGUGUUUUGAGGAUAAAGACAUUCAGAUGUACUCCGGUGACAUAGAGACGGUGGGACGUGUCGGAAAGGUGGGUCAGGUUCUGAGGAUCAUGCGUCUCAUGAGGAUCUUCAGGAUUUUAAAGCUGGCUCGUCACUCGAUGGGUCUCAGGGCGUUUGGCUUCACACUGAAACAGUGCUAUCAUCAGGUGGGUUGUUUACUCCUCUUCAUCAGUAUGGGUAUCUUCAUGUUCUCAGCCAUGGUCUUCACUGUGGAGCAUGAUGUUCACAACACCAACUUCACCUCCAUCCCACAUGCAUGGUGGUGGGCCACGGUUAGUAUCUCCACCGUGGGCUAUGGGGACAUGGUCCCUGAGACCAACUUGGGCCGCAUCUUUGCCUUCGCCUGCAUUUCCUUUGGCAUCAUCCUCAACGGCAUGCCCAUUUCUGUGCUCUACAACAAGUUCUCCGACUACUACAUCAAGCUCAGGUCCCACGAGUUCACCGCUGUGACCAAAGCUCGAGGGAAACUGACUUCGGCCAGAAGGGUGGUGACGAAGAAGUUCAAAGAGUGCUGUGAUGAUGAUGAACCCAGGAUGGACGUGCAGUGAGACAGGUCCAAAAGAUCACCUACUGGUCUGGGAACCCAGUAAUUGCAAUUGUGUGAAGAUUUUAACAAUAAUAGAGCCCCAGUGCACUGAUGGUGUUCCUCAAGGUUUUGUACUAGGACAUUGUUUUUGUUGAGUUAAAUCAGAAUGUGUAGAAUGUUUAUUCUUCAGAAUGUUUAGACGUGUGCAUGUAGCCAUACCAUGAACUUUGAACAUAGUUCUCCGUCUUUCACCACCAUGUUUCCACAAUUACCUCCACAGACAAACCAGUGUUUUUAAUAGUAUGUUUUUGAAGUAGACACCUAUGACGUUCUGGUCUGUACAUGUUUGUCAACAGACUGCUUCUCGUUUAGUGGCUGUGCCCAUUUUAGGUCCAGCUAUUUAAA